AUGGAUUCUGAAUCGAAGAACAGUUUCAUAGGAAGCUUUCUUCCGCCACCAGAUAAGAUGCUUCCUGCAGCCUUUGCUUAUAUAGAAUCGAAGUUGGCAGCUGUUGAUGUUGACAGGCCUUCUAUCCCCAAUAACCAAGCUGUGGUGGCAGCCCUGAAAACUCUUCAAGAAAAGAUUCGCCGUCUAGAGUUGGAGAAGGCACAGGCUGAAGAUAAUCUGUGCAGCCUCUCCAUAGCAGCUGCUCAGUAUAAGAAAGCCUUAGAGCAUGAAUCCUACAAAAAGGACACAGCACAUCAAGAACUGAUGCAACAGAAGAAAGAUGUAAGUGUGCAGUUAAAUGCAGCACAAUCCCGCUGCUCCCUGCUGGAGAAACAGCUGGAUUACAUGAGGAAAAUGGUUUCCAGUGCAGAACUGGAAAAGAAAAUGGUUUUAGAACAACAGGCCCAGCUUCAGAAAGAGGAAGAUCAGAACCGGUUGGCACUGCAUGCAAAACUUGAAAAGCUUGAAAUGCUAGAAAAAGUGUGUCUUAAACUAACUGCUACUCAGAGAAUUGCAGAAGACAAGAUCAAACACUUAGAAGAAAAGCUUUGUAAGGAAGAGCAUCAGCGAAAGCUAAUACAAGACAAAACUGCUCAGCUUCAAACAGGAUUUGAGAUAAACAGAAUUUUGAUGUCUUCAGUAACAUCUCAAAAUGAACCUAAAAAGGAAAACAGGAAGAAAAAAAAAACUAAGAAGUGGAAUUCUACAAUGAAGAAAAUGCAAUUACAUGUAAAGGCUGGUGAACUACCUUUUGUGGCUGGGAAGCAUCGCAAUCCACGUAUCUCGUCACGAAGCCAAGGAGGAGCUACAUCUGGGAUUUCAGGACGCAGUGCACUUUCAAAAUCUGUAUCCUCUUGUUCCACAUCACCUACUGCCACCAGAAGUCUUUCGGACCUUCUGUUGGCCCUACAAGAUGAGCUGGGCCAAAUGAGCUUUGAGCAUCAAGAACUUCUGAAGCAGAUACAGGAGACUCAAGACUCCAAAGUUCGUGAAGACCUAGAACAGGAGCUGGAUUGCCUUAUAAAACAAAUGGAGAUUAAAGGAGAACAAAUAUCCAAGCUGAAGAAGCAUCAGGCUACUGUGCAGAAACUAAAGAGAAAAACUCAGAAAUUGAAGCAAGGGGCAGCUCAUGUCAAACUAAAGUGUGGUGACCAAAAGGAAGCAAAAAAGAUUGCAGUCACUGUAAGGGAAAGUAUGUCUAAGUCUUGUCCUGGGCAGCAAAGCAGAAGCUCUCUUCAGCUGCUAAAAAAUGUGCAGAAACUUCAGUCAACGCUGAAAAAAGAUGAUAUCAUGUGGGAACAACAGUUCUGA